CUCCUUUUUCAAACCGGUCCGGUAAACUCAGUUCUCCAUUUUCAUUCUUAAAUUUCCUGGCUACCUUUUUUGCGAGAAGAAGUAAGCAGCGUGCUCAUCUCGUUUUAAAAGAAAUCUCCCUUUUCAAUAUUAUUAUAGACCUCACUAUUGUUGUUUAUGUGACUACAGAUUCAAAAUGAAUCCUGAUCAAAAAUCUCUCAGUGGUAUUUUUAAUGGAGUUCCCUCUUAUCAAGUGUUAAACAACCAGAACCAGGAAUUUCAAAGUACUCAAAAUACCGACUUGGCAAAAUUGAUUCAGCACGAGGAAAAAAAGUACUGGUCAGUCAAGCCUCUUUUUGUUUGUGCUGCCUUGCAAAUAAUGCUUGGGAUGUUUCUCAUCUUUGGCCAAGUUAUCUUGAACAGUGAAGAUUGCACCUCUGCCAUUAAAAGUGAGCAUUGUGUUAACCAAUAUAUUCAUGUUCCAUCAACAAAAUAUGCUUUUUGGUGUGGUGGCAUCAUCUUCUUCACUGGAUUACUGAAUGGUCUGGCAACCCAAUUUAAAACAAAUUUCUUGUUGGUGGUUGCUUCCUUUUUAUGUGUUGUUGGAUACGGAGUUAGUCUAUGCAGUUUAAUUAUGAGUGCUUUCUUUGCUCAAAUAUUUGAAGAUGAUACGCAGAAAGUCGUUCUUGUUGGCAUGGCAGUGGUCUCCGGAUUGAAUUUCUUCGUUUUCAUCCUUACGUCGGCGUUAUUCUGCCGCGCUAGCUGCUCAUGUUGCCAACCUCGUACUCCAACCAUAAUGUACCUCUCGCCUGUUGAUGACUCAACCCAGCAACAGAAUGAAGCCUUCAAUUUACCGGCUUAAUCGAUCAAGGUCAAAAUCCGUCGAAAAUGAAAAAUUGCUGACCGAUUGAUCUUCGAAUUCUUCUUUUGAUUUCAGAAUGACUCCAGUAUUAUUAUCAGUAUUUUGUUAUAAUUAAUCCAGUUUUGUUGGAGAACUUCUGAAUAAAUCCAGAAAUGAAAUUUGUCAAGU